UCACUUCCCAGUAGAACAGUUAGCAUUUGCUUUACUUUUUCCUUCUUUACUUAAGCUAAGUAAAUCUCUCUAGAGAGGCUGGACUCUUUCAAAGAAGAUGGGUUUUAUGGGUCUUUUCUUCAAGUUCUCAUUGGAAUGCUUUCAUGUUUUUGCUUGGCCUCUCAUUGCUUUGGGUUACCCGUUAUGUGUUUCCAUUGAAGCAAUUGAGACUGACUCAAUCUCAACCUCAGCCACCCAGAAGUUGAUCACUUACUGGGUCUGCUUAUCUUUGAUUUUGCUGUUUGAACAUGCUUUUCACAAGCUACUACUAUGGCUACCCUGUUGGACUCACGUUAAGCUGGUUAUUGUUUUCUACUUGCUUACACCUGACUUUGAUGGUUCUUUCUUUGUCUAUAAACGCUUUGUUCAUCCAUGCCUCUCUAUUUACCGAUUUGCCAAUCAGAAGGUUUUCUUAAAGCAAGACGAAGAACUAGUUCAGCAGGUCAAUAGAGAUGCAAAACGAACUGGUGCGAAAUCUUUGGAGAACCUCAUUGCUUUCAAGGCAGAGUUUGAAGAACCUAAAGUUGGGCAGAAAGACAAUAAUAAUUAUGCUUUGGAGAGAACAGAGGAGAAAGAAUUUGUCUCAACCAUUCAGUUUGGACAAAUCGAAAAUGCUUCAUCAGGAAAUGGAAGAACAAGUAGAGAUCUUUCCAGUGGGAUAUUGCCUUUUAAGAACCCACUAAAGGAGUGGAGUUGUGCUCUAUGUCAGGUAAGAACUACAUGCGAGGCAAAUCUUAUUUCACAUCUUAAUGGAAAGAGACACGAGAAAACUUGUGAGAAACUAAACCCCUGCAGAAGCCAGGCAUCGAAGAGCAAGGUUCUGGGUAUCAAAGAAAUGGCAAAUUUACAAUUCAAGAGCACACUGAACACAUGGACUUGCUUUGUAUGUCAAGUAACAUCAACAAGUAAGAUGGAUCUUGUUUCUCAUUUUCAAGGAAAUCGACAUAUGAAUAAACUUCAGAAGCUGAAAGCCAAGAUUUUCCAAGAAUUAUCAGAGACAGCGGUUGAUACUCUAGAGAAGAAAGAAAAACUGGCAACUGAAGCAUUAGCAGCUAACAGUAUUCACAUGAAUCCAUGGACUUGUGGCAUAUGCAGGGUAACAAUUGCAAGUGAGAAAAUCCUUGUUUCACAUCUUGAAGGAAAGCGACACAGGAACGCUUGUGAAAGGGUUAAAUCCAUGAACCGGAUGCUGGAAUGUGAGGUUUUGCCAGCUGCUUCAGUGGAAGAAAGCCUGAAAAGUAGAAUUGUUGAAGUUAGAAAUAAUUGGUGGUGUAGCAUUUGUAAGAUAAGCUGCAGCAGUGAAGGAAACAUGGAUUCUCACCUUAAUGGAAAGAAACAUUUGGCAAAUGCACAAGAACUAAAGCAAGUGUAAGCAGUUGCAGGCCUGAGUUGAUUCAGAAAUGUAAAGAGGGGAACAAAUUUAGAUUUUGAUCAAUUACCUAGAAUUUCUAAUUGCUAUUAUAUGAUUCUAGAUUUUUGGCUUUUUCUUAUUAGCCAGUAGAUUUUUAUUAAAACGAGCCACUUUUGGUUCAAAAUCAUCCACCUUCAAGGAUAUUAUUUUGGAGGAAGUAUACUUUGAAUGUGUUUAAUGUGCAAAUCAAUUUCCUAAA